GCUGAUUCCAUAGUAACGUCACAUUUGUUUGGAGGAUUAGAGUGAUGUUGAUCAUGAUAUCGUCGUUUUACUCUUAAAUUAAAGAAUAGUCCGACGAUAAAGUAAGAAGAUUAAGAUACCAUGGCAACGAAAACCGUAGGGGAUAGUUUUCCAUACAAGUUGCUAGACCAAGCCUUUAAGAAACAUGAGGCGUCUGACAAGUUUCGAAUAUUCCUCACCAUGAAGAUUGCUGAGCGUGCAGAAAUUGAGAUGCAAUAUAUCAAGCAAUUACAGAAUUGGGUGAAUGAUCUCAACAUACAGACGGACAGAAUGUGUCACCCAACUGACCAAUAUUUAAAGAGCGAGCUCAUGUCAAAGAUUCUUGGGAGCAUGCGCAGUGAGGCAGCGGAAGUCGUGGAAUCCCGGCAACGUGUCUACAACCUCCUUAUGUCAGAGCAUGGACCUUAUUCUAAAUUACAAAUCUUAAAUGAAGGAGAUGAGGAGCAAAACAUGAAGAUGUUGGAGAAAGAUUUUCACAAACGAUACGACAAAAGAAACCACAUCGCCAUGGCAUACAGAAACUGCACUGAGGCACGAGAACACUCAAAAAACAGGAUCGGAACGUUAGAAACGCAGCUGGCGGAGAGAAGUCGUAUAACGUCAUCAAAACGUCCGACGUCAAGAACUGGACCUCGAAAAAUAGACGAAAUGCGAGACAAGUUGUCAAGGUUACGGCGUCAGAAUGACAUGGAAACGGAAAAGAUUGCAUUAUUUGAAGAAGAACUUCUGGAUGAAGAGUCGUCUGCUAAACAAUUUUUAAAAUCUACAGAAAAGCAACUCCAGGAAUUAGAGACACAGCGUAUGAGAUUGAUCAUGGAAGAAAUUAAACGCUAUUUUGAAUGCCUGCAAAAUAACUCUAUGCAAAGGUCGCCCAGGGUGACUAUAAAAGGCCAACAGAUCAGAAGUUUAGAAGAAGCUGAAAAACUUGUAAAGGUGCAUUGGCUUGAUGUUCAUACUAACGCCAAGAAAGACGACAUACCAAAUUACCAGGACAUGUUUUCGACUCCUUCUGCAAGAUCGAAGAAGAAUGAAAAUGUCGAUAAUUCGAACGAGCAAAGCAGAAAUAACAGAGAAUACAGACCUGGGAGCCAGCAAGGAUUGACGUUAACCGAGAGUGUAUCAACUUAUUUCUAUUAUAAAUCCAGUUCCGGUUCGUCUGUUGAAGCAGACGGUAACGGUGAUUCGGUAGUAGCAGAAGUGAACCGAAUGCAACAUAGAAUGGCAGGUCCAGCUUUAUUGCCAUCACAGAGGCGUUCCGAAGAAUCUAUUGAAACGCUAAACUUACCACCGGAAGUGCGCUGUCCAGCCGACAUAACAGUAUUAGAGCCAAACAAACAAUAUACCACUAGAAUGAAGGUAGAAAAAUUACGACAGAACAACGAGUGUCGCCAAGCGGCUCAUUUAACAGAGUAUAGCACUGUAGACAAAUUUGUUCCUGAAGACUCGGAAAGUGACGAGGAAAUACAAGAGUGUGUCGGCAAACUCCGGAAUGUCCGUGUUAUCGCCGUGGAAGAACAUUCUCCAAGUCCCAGCAGCCUUGAAAUAGCAUUCAAAAAGGGCCAAAUAAUUAAGCAGAAGUUUGGAGCUAAUGAAGAUGGUUUAUGUUACGGAUGGACAAGAGAAAAUCUGGUCGGAAAGAAACAUUAUGGAUAUUAUCAUCAAGAUAAAGUCAGACUCUUAAAGAAAAACGGAAUCUAG